CUUUUGGACGAUAACCGAGAGUUAUACGUACCAGAAUUAAAUAAAACAAUCAAAGCACAUCGUAAUUUCCGAUUAUUUGCGACGCAAAAUCCAUUUGCUAACUACGCAGGUCGAAAACGUCUGUCACGGGCGCUUUUGAAUCGUUUUGUUAUCCUUAAAUUCAGUCGUCUACCUACAGAUGAACUAUAUUCUAUGGUGCAUUUAAAAUGCCAAAUUUCUGAAUCGGCUGCAAGAUUAAUAAUAUCGGUUUUGAAAGAUUUACGUGCCAGACGUAGCUACACAGGUAUGUUUUCGAUGCACGACGGUUUUAUGACACUCCGUGAUGUAUUUAAGUGGGCAAAUCGCUUUGCCAGAUCGGAUCAGAUAGAUUGGAGGCAAUGUUUGGCUGAUCACGGAUUUAUGGUGUUAUGUGCUAGAUGUCGAACAACAGCUGAUGAAAAUUUGAUAAAGCACACCAUAGAGCAUUAUACUAGUCGAAAAAUUAUACCUAAUCAAUUGUUUGCGAUCAAUUCGCGCUAUAUGCCUUGCAUAACAGAAUUUUUCGAAAAAAACGUGGUGCCUACUUUUAACAUGCGUCGUAUGAUUGUCUUAUGUUCACAAGCUUGGAUUCAUAAUGAACCUGUUCUGUUGGUUGGCGAAACUGGUUGUGGCAAAACAACAGUGGCUCAGCUACUAGCGAAGUUUAUUCAUAUUCAUAUUAAAGAAUUAUAUAUUCAGGACAGUUUGUUGUCCUUGAAUUGUCAAGAAAGAACAGAUACUUGUGACUUACUUGGUUCAAUUCGACCAGGGGAGAAUGGAACUUUCAAAUGGUUUGAUGGUGUUGUAGUAACCGCAAUGCGAUCUGGGCGUCCAGUACUUUUGGAUGAAAUCUCUUUAGCCUCUGAUUCGGUUAUUUAUAAGACUUUUAAUUUUGUUGUCUUAAUAAAUCUUAUAGUACUAGAGCGUCUUAAUCCGUUACUUGAACCUUCGCGAUCACUUUUUUUAACAGAAUCGGGCACAGAAGUCGAGAAGAUUGUUGCAGAGCCUGGUUUUCAAAUUAUUUCAACAAUGAAUCCGGGAGGUGAUUAUGGUAAAAAAGAAUUGUCCAAAGCUUUGCGAAAUCGUUUCACAGAGAUCUGGUGUCCAGCUGUCUUCACCGCUGAAGACGUGAAAUCUAUUAUUUGCCAUCGUCUCAGUAGGUCAUCACUGUUUAAUGAUGAUGAUGGCUUUAAAUUUAAACUUUCAUCAUGUAUGGCUCGGUUUUUGGCUUGGUAUUUUGAUCAUAUUUCGAAGAUUGCUCGUUGUGGUAUUUCUCUCCGUGAUGUAGUUGCUUUCGUUGAGAUUUUUAUUUCUUCCAUGAAAAGAGACGUUAGAUCAAUCUAUUGGUCAGUUUAUGAAGCAUUUGUGGCAAUUGAUGAUGGAAUAUCAUUGAAUAUUAGUGAUCAUCAUCAUUCCUUUGAAAAACAUCGAUUUGAGUGUCAAGAAAAAUUGAAGUUUAUUUUGAUGGACAAUUUGUAUAAAGAAAUCACAGAAGAAAUCGAAAGUCCAAUUUUCAAUUCCUUGAUUAAAACUGAUGAUCGAGGGCUAAUUAUUGGUGGUUAUUUGAUCGAAUUUGGCGCAAAAAAACCAGUACAUCUUAAGAAUUUCGUCUUUAAUACUGAUUGGUUUGAAAAAAUGUCUUUGAACAUAGCUCGUGCUUUGUCUAUUGAUAAACCGAUUCUCAUACAAGGUGAACCAGGUUGUGGGAAAUCUAGUAUAGUGGUCGCAUUAGCUGCUGCAACAGGUCAUCAUUUGACCAGGCUUAAUUUAUCCGAACAAACAGAAUUGAGUGAUUUAUUCGGAACGGACGUACCAACUGUACUGCAGGAUGGACGGACAUCAUUCGAAUGGAAAGAUGGACCAUUAUUAACAGCUAUAAAUAAUGGGCAUUGGAUUUUACUCGAUGAGAUGAAUUUGGCAUCACAAAGCAUAUUGGAAGGCCUUAACGCCUGUUUUGACCAUCGGCAUCAGUUAUUUAUUCCUGAACUGAAUCGAAUGUUUGAGAUUGGUUCUAGUUCGCAUAACUCGAAAUUUUUCGCUUGCCAAAAUCCGCAUAAUUUAGGGGGAAACCGUAGAGCUCUUCCGAAAUCAUUUUUAAAUAGAUUCUCUGUGGUUAGUGUAUCCUUUCAAAUUAAUGAUUAUCAUGAUUAUCUGUCGAUUUCUUCACAAAUAUACGGUAUUCAAAGUGAUAUGAAUCAAAUUUUAAAUAAAGUUAAUCGAUCAGUGAAAAGUAAAAUGCUAAAAGAUAAAACCUUUGCAAAAAUUGGUGGACCAUAUGAAUUCAAUAUCCGCGAUGUACUUAGAUGGUCAUCUUUUAUUUCCGAAUUUGGCAUUUCAAAUUAUCCAUAUGAAUUGCUUUAUGUGCAGCGUUUUCGCACAGAAGAAGAUCGUGAAGUGAUGCGUGAGAUAUAUAAAAAGGAAUCUGGUGAAUCAUGCAAGACUUUGUCAUUGUCAGUAUCGGUGUCUGAUAAAUUUGUACGAAUUGGGAGAAUAGAACUUAUUCGUUCAUUUAAAAGGAUAUUUGAAGAUAAUUUAAAAUUAUUGCCUUCACAAGCUUCAAUUUUGGAACAUCUUGCUACUUGUGUGCGUAUGAACUGGAUUUCUUUGAUUGUUGGUGAAUCCAAAAUUGGAAAAUCUUCUGUGGUUAAGAAUCUAGCUGCGUUAACUGGAAAUGAGUUGAAGAUAAUGAGACUUACAUCAGAAACUGAUGCUUCGGAACUAAUCGGGUCGUUUGAACAGGUGAACUAUUUAUAA